UAUAAAUAAAAAUGGAAAUAUGUGAAUGAAGAAGUAAAAGGCUUUUUGAUGUUUUGCUUCAUUGGUUGUCCUAAAAAAGACAUAAUAAAUGCUCUCUCUCUCUCUUUUAGUUUGAAGUCUCUCUACUCUCUCUACUCUCUCUACUCCACUCUCUCUCACUCACUCACUCUCUGCUUCAACACUAUCCUCGUCUCCAAACACUCUCCGAUCUCGGCAAUGGCCAAGCCUCACGGUCGUCGCCGUUCUUCCGGCCGAACAAAUCUAGCUUCUUGCGCCGUCGCCACCGUGUUCUUGCUAAUCCUACUCGUCGUCCUCCUUGUAGUUUACUUCACAGUCUUCAAACCGAAAGACCCCAAGAUCUCCGUUAAUGCCGUCCAACUGCCGUCGUUCGCCGUCUCCAACAACACAGCUAACUUCACCUUCUCUCAGUACGUCGCCAUUAGAAACCCCAACCGUGCCGUAUUCUCUCAUUACGACAGCUCUAUCCAGCUUCUUUACUCGGGUAAUCAAGUCGGGUUUAUGUUCAUACCCGCUGGUAAAAUUGAUUCGGGUCGGAUUCAAUACAUGGCCGCUACUUUCACCGUUCAAUCUUUCCCCAUUUCUCCUCCUUCCUCCUCCGCCAUUUCCACCGUUUCCGCCGCCGUUGUUCCAGAUUCUCCGGUAAUGCCCGGUCCUCCGGAUUUCACAGUAACUCCGAGAAACCCAGAUGCGCCGUUUUUACCGGGAAACCCGGAAACACCUGAUUUACCGGGAAACCCAGAAACGCCGGAUAUUCCUGGAAAUCCGGGUCCUCCGAGUUUUCCGAGGAAUCCAGGCUCGCCGCAGUUUCCAGGGAACCCAGGAGCUCCGGUUUUACCGAGGAAUCCAGGCUCGCCGGAGUUUCCAGGAAAUCCUCCGAUAAUUCCAGGUGCUCCGGCGUUUCCGAGGAACCCGAACCCACCGGUGCUCCCAGGGAAUCCAGGGUCGGGUAACCCGAGAAAUAUGGGUCCUCCGGGUUUUCCAGGAACCGGAGCUCCACCGGGUUUUCCAGGAACCGGAGCUCCGCCGGGAGGAUUCGGCGGGGGAGGGACGGGGCCAACACUAGGAGAUGGAUACGCAAAUCCGGGUUUCGGGUACGCGAAUAGGGUCGGGCCAACGAUGGAGAUAGAGUCGAAGAUGGAGUUAGCGGGUCGGGUGAAAGUACUGCACGUGUUCACACAUCACGUGGUUGCUAAAUCGGAUUGUCGGGUCACCGUCUCUAUUGCCGAUGGUUCCGUCUUAGGCUUCCAUUGCUAAUUUUUAUUUCUUUUUUUCUUUUCGGUUUCUUAAAAUCGUAUUUCCUCCUUUUCCACUAAUUUUUUGUUGUUGCUCCUUUUAAGUUUGAGGAAAUUAAUUAGAAUUGUAAAAAUUAUUAUUUUUCUCCUAAAAAAAAGAGUAAUUUAGUUCAUAAUUUUUGCUAA